GUAUGGUGCCGAAUCUUGCAGUCCGGGGCGGGGCUUCCUGUCAGUGCUGUGUUUACCUGAGAGUGCCGGGAGCAAUGAGUGGGCUGCAGAACAAUGACUUGAAAAGGCAGCAUCUCAUGGAGAGGUUACUGGAUGCAGUAAAGCAGUGCCAGAUCCGAUUUGGGGGCCGCAAGGAAAUAGCUUCUGACUCUGAUAGCAGAGUUAUUUGUCUCUGUGCUCAGUUUGAAGCUGUGUUGCAGCACGGAUUAAAACGAAGCCGGGGAUUAGCAUUAACAGCAGCGGCAAUCAAGCAAGCAGCGGGAUUCGCUACGAAAACAGAAACAGAUCCGGUGUUUUGGGUGUAUGUGAAAGAAAUCCUCAAUAAACAUGAGCUUCAGCGUUUUUACUCUCUAAAGAACAUCACUACAGACAUCGGGAGGGGCCGCGCCUGGUUGCGCUGUGCUCUGAAUGAGCAUUCGCUGGAACGCUAUGUACAUAUGUUGCUUGGUGAUCCUUCUAGACUUGGUUUCUUCUAUGAAGAAUGGUCUUUUUUAUUGGAUGAAGAACGCUCCAGUAUGCUUCCUAUAAUGGCAGCUGGUUUGAACUCUAUUCUUUUUGCAAUCAAUAUUGAUAACAAAGAUCUGAAUGGACAAGCUAAAAGUGCUCCUACGGUCUCUGACCUUCUGAAGGAAUCCACACAGAACGUCACGUCUUUGCUGAAGGAAUCAACUCAAGGUGUCAGCAGUCUGUUUCGGGAAAUUACCUCUUCCACCCCCGUUUCCAUUCUUAUCAAACCAGAGCAGGACUCUGACCCUCUCCCGGUGCUUUCCAAGAGCCUUACAUCGGAUGCCAAAUCCAAGAACCGGAAAAAGAAAAAGAAAGUGUCAAAUAUUAUCUCCUUUGAUGAUGAUGGAGAAGAUGACAUUCCAACUUCAGAGGAGAUAUCGAAGGGCUGCACAAAUUACUUGGGGAGCUCCGAGGACAACUCAACCAGGUCUUCUACAACUUUAUCCCACAUUGAUAGUCUCUAUGAACUAAAUGUGCGCAGUGAUGUAAGCACCAAUGAGUCAUGGAAAAACGACUCCCCGUGUGUUAAUGGGGACUUCCAGAAACUGGAUGUGAAAAGCAUUGACGAUGAAGACAUAGAUGACUAUGAUGCAUAUGAACCAGGCAUUGCUGACAAACACAUAAGAGCCAACGAUUCAUCUGCUGAAAAGGCAGCCAAAGAGGUCUCAGGGAAUGAACAGACCGGCUGUUGGGCUCCCUUACAGGUUUUGAAUGAUAAUUCAGAUGUUCUGUUUCCAGUUAAUGCUGUUGGCUCAAAUUCUCACUCGGAUUCCACUUUGGAUAACUUGCCCUUUGGGGAUGAACAUGAAAAUGCUGCUCUUGCGGUAGAGCUGGCACAGAGAGGAUCCGACAUCAAAUUCAGCAUGGAAGCCAAGUCCCCAGCUCCAAUUAGCAGCAGUCUUCCGUCAACCUCAAUGCCGGAGUCAAUGACAAUUAUUGAACUUCGUCAAGCGGUGGUGCUAAUGAUGAACAGAAAGGAUGAGCUUGAAGAACAAAACACAUCACUACGAAGUCUGCUUGAUGGAGAGAUGGAACACUCUUCAGCGCUCCGGCUGGAAAUUGACAACCUGAAGAGAAAGAUGGUGGAACAGGAGGAACGUCAGGCAGCGAAGAUUCAAGCCUUGGCAAGAGAAAACGAGGUGCUUAAAGUCCAGUUAAAGAAAUAUGUGGGAGCCGUGCAGAUGCUGAAGAGAGAAGGGCAAACCGACGCAAUUCCAAACCUACGGAAUAUUGAUGGGGAAUCCCCUCCAGAAGUAAAACCGGUGAUUACAAAUGAUGAAAUCGCAAAUUCUUAUGAGAGGAAACUGGUCGAGGUUGCAGAAAUGCACGGAGAACUCAUGGAAUUUAACGAGAGACUGCACCGAACGCUUAUUGCCAAAGAAAUUCUUGUGUCCCAAAUGAGGCAGGAACUUAUUGAUCUACGCGGACCGGUCCCUGGAGAUUUGAGUCAAACAUCUGAAGACCAGAGUUUGUCAGAUUUUGAAAUAUCACAUCGUGCCCUUAUAAAUGUUUGGAUACCCUCUGUUUUUCUUCGAGGCAAAUCCGCCAAUGCGUUUCAUGUCUAUCAGGUCUACAUCAGAAUUAAAGACGACGAAUGGAAUGUCUAUCGAAGGUACGCAGAAUUCCGAAGCUUACAUCAUAAGCUGCAAAGCAAAUAUCCGCAUGUCAGGACGUUUCAUUUUCCACCAAAAAAGGCCAUUGGCAACAAGGAUGCAAAGUUUGUUGAGGAACGACGGAAGCAACUACAGAAUUACUUGAGAAACAUAAUGAAUAAAGUUAUUCAAACGGUGCCAGAAUUUGCUGCCAAACCAAACAAAGAAGGCCUGACUCAGCUAAUGCCCUUUUUCACUGACAGCCAAGGCACAUCAGACCAACCCAGCAAAACCAGUCGAUCGAAAGUGGCCACGCGCUUUUCAAAAUUAUCUCGCAGUACUCAGAGAGAGUCACGAAACGUGGAACCACAGAGCGGAGAUCUGUAACCUAUCUCCCUCUCACCCCCUAAUGCUACUUAAAAACAUCAGCAGGACAGAAAUAAAAUUACACUCUGCAUAA